AUGUCCAUUGCAAACCAAUGGAAGCAAGCCAAAAGCAACAUUAUGGUGAAAGCUCUGCUGCUGCUGCUGCUGCUGUUUCUUAAAGCAGUCACUGGGUGUACUGCGGAAAAGAUAUGUAUUAAGUCUGGUGACACAGUGGCACUACAAUGUCCAGGUAAAAGGUCAAAUGUGACCUGGAGCCAUCCUCACAAUGGGAACAAUCACGUUGACCUCCUGAACAUUGAAGGGAUGCUGGUUCUCCUCAGAGCUUCAGAGGACCAGCAGGGAAAUUACUCUUGCUCACAUAGUGUGUAUAACAAGACAUUUGACCUGAGGGUAUUCACUACCCUGAUUGGUGACUGUGAGAAUGUUACGCAGCACAGAAAAGCCUGCUACAAUGGACUGGCCUGUACUCUGAACUGCCCAACCAUCAAUACUCCUCCAAAUACCAGUGUCACAUGGCAACAGAAUAACAGGACCCUGUCAAACAAUGAGAAAUACUACUUCCAAAGUGUGAAGGAGACUGAUCAGGGUGUCUACAUCUGUGUGAGGUCUUUUCCAUUUCGUGGUCGACUCUAUAACACUACAUUCACCAUGACACUGGGCCUCAAGCAUACAGAAACAAAUAAAAAUGAAGGGAUCAUCUCACCUGAUCCGGAUGAAGUUUUUUUUGUAGACUUAGGUUCUCCUCUGGUGAUCAACUGCACAGCAUUGAUAUUUUUAGAUUUUACUGAGAUUUACUGGAAAAUCAGUGACCUUUCGAUAAAUACGUCAGACAGUUUGAGAGUGAAGACUUCUUUUUCAAAAGAGAAUAUGGAUGAAGGGCAGAAGAUGACAGCCUCUCUCAUAUUUAAAGAGGUGUAUGAGGAGGAUGUGUCUGCAGUUUUCACUUGUAUACUAGAGUCUGUGUCCCAGGAGCCUAUCAGUGUCAAUAUCACUCUGGCACAAAAAGAGCCCCGCUCUUAUGUUGCUGUGGCAGUUACUGCUGUCGUCAUCCCUGUUGUCAUGGCUAUUUUUGUUUUGAUCUACAUCAAAUACAGGAUUCACAUCACUCUGUUCCUGAGAGACACCCUUAUGUGCAACAUCAGGGCUUCAGAUGAAAAGAGCUUUGAUGCCUUCAUAAUGUACUAUAUGAGUGAGCAGGGAUCAGGAUUCAGUGGAGAUGACAUGAGAACUCUGCAGAGUGUGUUGGUGGAUCAGUUUGGGUACAGCCUCUGCCUCUUCGACCGUGAUGUGGUACCUGGAAAAGCUGUAGCUGAUGCAGUUUUGGAGUGUGUGGAUCAGAGCCGUGCAGUGGUCUUGGUUCCUGGGUCUCCAGACCUCAGCUAUGAGUCUGCUCUGCUCAGCGCCAUCCAUGAAGCCCUCGUUGAGCGUCAGACCCACCUGGUUUUCAUCAAAAAUAAACACACAAAGAAAACAGACACAGGGUUACAGUCCGACACCUUACAGCUGCUCACUGAUAUGGGACACUGCAUCAUAUGGGAAAGCUCGCUAGCUCCAUCGUCUUUCUUCUGGAAGCAACUGCGAUACUACCUCCCACCUGUACAAGAGUCACACAGAAUAUCACUGCUACCUUAG